CUACAUAAGAAACCACAGUCUCCUACAUUUCUACUUCUUUUAUUAUAUAGAGCCUACAAUCAGUUACACCAAAGCUCUAACCAUGCAGCAGCUCAAUUCAUCCAACAGCUCGCUCACCGCUCCUGUCUCAACUGACAACGUGAUUGCCAGUAGUGUUCUGGGAGUUUGCUUCAUACUGGGAGUCCCUGGUAAUAUUGCUGUAAUGGUGCGUCUUGCUGGAUGGCUGAAGAGAGGAAGCUUCACCCCUAGACUGAUGCUAAGCCUGGCCGUAUCAGAUCUACUCACUCUGAUUUCUCUGCCAGUUUGGAUUUGGACUCUUCUGUAUGGCUGGGUGUUUGGCUUGGUCCUUUGUAAGCUUUUCUCUUAUAUGGUGUACUUAAGCCUCUACUGCAGCAUACUGUGUGUGAUGUUGAUGAGCAUGCAGCGAUACAUGCAAGUGCUGCAUCCUGAGAAAUGGGACAGGCUUGGAAGAAAAGGAAAGAAGAUCCUUUUGAUUGGGAUGUGGAUGUUAAGUGCAGUUUUAUCGUGCUAUGCUCUCGUACAGCGCACUCUAAGCUUGGACAGUGAACAACAACUUCAGUGUAAGCUAAGAUUUCGAAAUGAUGCCGAAAGAGUGGCUACUUUAAUCUGGGAGCUUAUAAUAUUUGUGGUUUCAUUCCCCACAGUAGCUUAUUUCUACUUUCACCUUUACCGGGGAGUUAAUAACUCAGCUUUCUUCAGCAGUAACUCAGUGACAAGGCUGGUGACCAGAAUUGUGGUUUGUUUCUUCAUUCUUUGGAUUCCAUUUCACAUCAUUAACACUUUGAUCAUCAUUGCUUUGUUGCUUGGGAAUGACCGUCUGUUAAGAUCUGCAGAAUCUGGAGAGAAUAUCACUGGAGCUUUGACUUUCAUUAAUAGUUGUGUGAACCCCUUCCUGUACGCUUUCUCUGCUCGGGCUCUGCGUCAACACUCAACUGGAACUGAGAAUUCUUUGUGAUGUAGAGGUUUGAGAGAGUUUAUUGAGUUUCUCUGAAGCCAGUGAUUUGUUCAAACUUAUGCAUAUGUACCAAACCCGGUUUAAAAUGGAAGAAAAAAGAAAUCCUUUGAUUAGAGUAAGUGGUAUUAGACUAUAAUCUUGGAUUAAAUCAGUUGAUUUAAAUCAACUGAGCUGUUGCUGAUAUUACAAAUGUAUAAAACUCAACUUUGUAUAGAAGCUGGUAUUGUUAUUUACCAAUAUCUACAAUAAACA